AUUUGGGAACCGAAUACGCAGAAGGGGGGUUGGGGAUCCGUGGAGGCUGCCGGAGGAUGGAGCGGUGCAGCCGGGGUUGGUGAGCGCCUGACUUCGGGCCACUUUACAUUUCUUCUUCCUAAACAACUCGCUCCCAGGACACAUGCAGGCCAAAAAACGCUACCUGAUCCUGCUCUCCGCCGGUGCGUGUCUGGUGCUUCUCUUCUACCUCGGAGGGAUUCAACUUCCAGCGGCGAGCAGGAGCCGGCAUGACCGCAGCCGGAAUGGAUACCGGCCCGACCAGCCCUGGCCCCACUUCUCCGACCCUUUACACCCGUUCCUGCACUGGGAUCAGACGGACACCGAGGAGUACAACGUGCACAUAUCUCCCAACCAGAAGAGGGACGUCAACACCAGUGUUUACAAGGGCAAGCGGUGCCGCAUGGACUCCUGCUUCGACUUCUCUCAGUGCCAGAAGAAGGGAUUCAAAGUUUAUGUUUACCCGCAGCAGAAGGGCGAGAAGAUCUCCGAGAGUUAUCAGAAUAUUUUAUCCGCUAUCGAGGGCUCGAGGUUUUACACGUCGGACCCCGGACAGGCGUGUCUGUUCGUCCUGAGCCUGGACACCCUGGACCGGGACCAGCUGUCCCCGCAAUACGUCCACAACCUGAAGACCAAGGUGCAGAACCUGCCCCUGUGGAACGACGGCAGGAACCACCUCAUAUUUAACUUGUACUCGGGGACGUGGCCGGACUACACGGAAGACCUGGGCUUUGACAUCGGCCAGGCCAUGUUGGCCAAAGCCAGCAUCAGCACCGAGAACUUCAGGCCCAACUUCGACGUGUCCAUCCCCCUCUUCUCCAAGGAGCACCCGCGCACCGGCGGGGAGAGGGGCUUCCUCAAGUACAACUCCAUCCCGCCUUUCAGAAAGUACAUGCUGGUGUUCAAGGGGAAGCGCUACCUGACGGGUAUCGGCUCGGACACCAGGAAUGCCUUAUAUCACGUCCACAACGCGGAGGACGUGGUGCUGCUCACCACCUGCAAGCACGGCAAGGACUGGCAGAAGCACAAGGACGCGCGCUGCGACAGGGACAACGCGGAGUAUGACAAGUACGACUACAAGGAAAUGCUCCACAACUCCACCUUCUGUUUGGUGCCCCGUGGCAGACGACUGGGCUCCUUUCGCUUCCUCGAGGCGCUGCAGGCUGCGUGUGUGCCCGUGAUGCUGAGUAACGGCUGGGAGCUGCCUUUCUCCGAGAUCAUCGACUGGAACACAGCAGCGGUCAUCGGCGACGAGCGGCUCCUGCUGCAGAUUCCGACCACGGUGCGCUCCAUCCACCAGGAUAAGAUCCUGUCCCUCAGACAGCAGACUCAGUUCCUGUGGGAGGCCUACUUCUCCUCUGUGGAGAAGAUAGUGCUGACCACGCUGGAGAUCAUCCAGGACCGGGUGCUGGAGCACGGCUCCAGGAGCAGCCUGAUGUGGAACAGUCACCCUGGGGGACUGUUUGCCCUUCCGCAGUACUCUGGAUACCUGGGAGACUUCCCUUUCUACUACGCCACACUGGGCAUUAAACCGUACCCCAAGUUCACAGCGGUCAUCCACGCCGUCUCCCCACUGGUGUCCCAGUCCCAGCCCAUACUCAAGCUCCUGGCAUCUGUGGCCAAGUCCCAGUAUUGUGCACAGAUCAUUGUCCUGUGGAACUGUGACAAGCCUCUCCCCGCCAAGCAGCGCUGGCCCGCCACCUCAGUGCCCGUCAUCGUCAUCGAGGGGGAGAAUAAGGUGAUGAGCAGCCGCUUCUUGCCCUAUGAGACCAUAGUGACCGACGCAGUCCUCAGCCUGGAUGAAGACACAGUGUUGUCCACCACAGAGGUGGACUUUGCCUUCACUGUCUGGCAGAGUUUUCCGGAGCGAAUCGUGGGUUACCCUGCACGCAGCCACUUCUGGGACGGCAACAAGGAGCGCUGGGGCUACACGUCCAAAUGGACCAACGACUACUCGAUGGUGCUGACCGGGGCGGCCAUCUACCACCGGUAUUAUCACCAUCUGUACACCAGCUACUUGCCCACCAGUCUGAAGAGCAUGGUGGACCAGCUGGCGAACUGUGAGGACAUCCUGAUGAACUUUCUGGUCUCUGCCGUCACCAAGCUGCCGCCCAUCAAGGUCACACAGAAGAAGCAGUACAAGGAGACCAUGAUGGGACAGUCCUCGAGGGCUUCUCGCUGGGCCGACCCGGACCACUUCGCCCAGCGGCAGACCUGCAUGAACAAGUUCGCCAGCUGGUUUGGCGCCAUGCCGCUGGUCCACUCCCAGAUGAGACUGGACCCCGUCCUGUUCAAGGACCAGGUCUCCAUCCUCCGCAAGAAAUACAGGGACAUCGAGCGGCUCUGACAGGACCGGCGCCCCCUGGGGGGAGACCCCACGCAGGGGGAGGCGCGAGAGACUGACUCAGUGGAGGGUAGAAGCGGUCGGACUAUAGCAGGAUGGACGGGGAGCGACUCGGCUCUGUCUUCCACUCAGCACAUUGCCAAUGACCACGGCGCCGCGGCUGCCAGGACUUGACGCGGAAAGGGACGAACAGGAAACAAGCAGAUGGUGUUUGGAUUUGAAAAACACAAACAAAAAAAAAACACAAACACGGACCGACAAAGAGGAAGUACACAAACCGAUGGACAAGCCAAACAGUGCUGUAUGUUUCACACGCGUGCAAACACCCGGCACACACACUACUGACGACGACAACCAACUGAAUAGAGUAUUUUUUUUGUACAACAUGAACAAGGGCGACAUUGACUCUCCUGCUCUUUCGGCACAUGUACAGGACGGUAGAAGAGGGAAGGCGUUCACCAUCGCAAAACCACACCCACCCCCGCAAAUCCUACUGGUCGCCCCUAGCAACCCCCCGGUCACCUGCAUCAACAUAUAAUACUGGACUCGCUAUCAAUUCCCCGGUUUUCUCGCCUGGGAAACCCUGUUCUUCACUUGAUUUAACGUCAUCUCGCUCAGUAUCACUGUUCUUUUUCCUUCGCUGAGAGGUUUCGAAUCGGAGCGUCAUCAGUUUUUAAUAUUUUCAAGGCAGUAAAUGUUUCACUGCUGGUCUUCACAGCCGUUCUCUUCUGAUAUUCUGAUUCUCGGCUGUCGACACACGUCCUCGGGCCUCGAGUCUGAAAACAUCCUGUCUGUCUUAUCUGUGGCUCGGGCCUUGAUCUGAUGAUACGGCUUUUAUAAUCCUCUAUCUGCUUCUCUGUUAUCGCUCAGAUAAGUUAGAGAAACAUCUCGUUUCAUAUCCCAUUUUCCUCUCGGACUCGUACCCAUGGCAGUUGUACUUUUCUUAUCUGUUUUUGUCCACUUUCAUCAUCUUUUAUUUCCCCCCUUCAAACUCUGUAGUUUCACUCUUCUCUCUGUGCAUGUAUGUAUGUAUGUGUGUGUGAGUGAGUGAAUGUGUGUGUGUCUGUGUGCGUGUUGUGUGCACAGAGCCUUGAGAAGUUGACUCAUCCAACCAUAAGCUCCGGCAGAGAACAUUUUCCCUCCGUUGGAAUGAGCGAAGUGAACAUUUCUGGAUGAAAUGGAGCAGAACGCUGCGUGCGAACACAGACCUGCUCUCGGAGAAGCAACAUUUCAGACCGUCGCCGGGUCUUUAGCGUUUCACGGCGGCGCUGGUAGAGAGAGUUUUAACGCUGAGCGCAUCAGUGCCAUUCUGACAUCCGGGGUCUGCCUUUAAAAAUUGUUUAUUGCACAUCACGUCGCCCACAUCCGAGGCCUGGACGCUCUCCUGGUUAAACAUUCUAGUCUCCUCUUCCCCCCCCCGCCUCGUCGUGACAUAUCAGAGAAGCUCAGAGCCAUUAAAUUGACAAAAGGUUUUCGCCUCCAUUUGUCAGACAGAGAUAUGUUUGGGCUUCAAUUAGGUAAAGCUAUUUCAUUUGGAGAGCAGCUUUAUUCCCGGAGGACAAGCUGUUGAUGAAACGCUCUUAACAACAUGGACCAUUGUGUUGUGAAAGCAGUGACCCGUGAAUAUGACCUCCUGGUUAAUGCUAGCCUCGGGAGGACGGCUUGUUUUUUUAAAUCUCCCCCUCCUAAAACACCCUUCAAUUCAUUGGUGCUUUCCUUUUAUUUAUAAGCGUCGCUUGCAUUUCGUCGUCAAACCGCCUGACAUUUUGCACCUUAGAUGUCCUCAGCGAUAUCGGAUCAGAUCAAAAAGUCUCGACGUUUUUUUAAUUGAACAUUUCAAAGAGAGAGAGCGAACGGCUGCUCCGAGCACGUUCACUGUUAGUGGCCUUUUCUGUGAGGCAGACAUUCAGCAUCGACGUCUCAGCCAAAGCUUUUAACCAGCGUGAGCGCGUUCAUCGGUGAUGUUCGUCCACAUCGUCAAUAUCAGAGUCACCGUUUCAACGAGCGUUUUAUUUUUUGAUUUCUUUUUGUAAAAUGUGUUGUCAAGCCUUUGCAGUGUUAACAGAGGUAACGCUCGUGCUUUUGUGUCCAAAUACUGUCACAGGUUCACAUAUCACAUCACAUGUUUGUAUUUACAUUCUGGGAAAAUUUUAUUUACGUAUUUUUCUUUUUGCCAGCAGAGAUUUAUCAUCUGUUUUAAGUUUCCGAUCAUCUACACGAUCUGAUUCUGGGGGAAAAAAAACGUUCUGCAUCUGGUCCCGAUUUCAGCUUCACAGAACCAUAUUGUUUGAAUCCAUAUCGAGCCUUUUUAUGUCUGAUUGUUGAAUCACUGUUGUUGAUCAUCUCAAAAGAACCACAUCCCCCAGCUUUGCAAAAUUUAAAACACACACACACACACACACCAUCCAUUUCAAAUCCCCGCGACUCUCAGCACUGUACAUAGACAUAUUUAUUUUUUGAAAGAAAGAAAAAAAAAGACUGUACGAUAUGAGACGCCGUGGCGAGAACAUACGACUGAUCCUGCAUUGCUGAGGGGAGUUAAUGGUAUUUAUUCAUUUUUAUUUUCGUCACGCUGUGCACAUGGAUCCACACAGAUGCCGACACACAACUCAUGUUACGUUUCACUCGGCAUUGGUUUUUCCAGGGGAAACGUCCACCACGCUCGCCUCACUCCCCCCCCCGAGUCGCAGAAUCGAGGAGUUCUAACUCCCGAAAAGAUUUGCACACGCCACUGAUCUAGAAUUGGAUCGGUCCGCACCAUGUUGGCUCUCCCCGGGAGUCAAAUUGCAAAGUCCCAAUAAAGACUACGCCAACUGAAACAUGGAAAAUAAUAAGCAGCUGGGUCCCCUUCACCAGAUGGAAACAUUUUUAGACUCUGCUCUAACAUCUCCCCCAUGCUUCACAAUAAUGGGUCUGGGGCUGUGACACAGUCGUAUUUAAAUUGCCUCUUUCACAGCUUGAGUUUCAGUUCAGAUAACUUGGCAACAGAAAGUGUCCCAUCUUUCCGCUGGCGUGCUGCACAGUGCAUCACCAAGUAGAGUGAGUUGGGCCGCAGGGGGGGAAAACCUCUGCAGCCACUUUAAACGCCUGCCAUUUGAUCAGGAGGAACAUUAUGCAAGUUAUCAUUCUCCAGCGCCGACGCAGGGUUUAACCCAAAAACGUUCCUCGCUGUCGGUGUUUCUAGCGACGGCUGCAUUUGUUCUGGAAACCAGCGUGUUCUUGAUUUGUGCCUUUUUAUCAACAUUUGAGUUCUGGACGUGCACGAGCGCGGUGUGUGUGUGUCGCGGACUGUUUCCAGUAGACGGGCGGCGGUAGCACCACGUGCAGGGGCCCCGGGGGCGGCCCCGCCUUCAUACACUGGAUGAGACACGGCUUCCAUUCUCUGAUUAUAGACGCCCCCCUUUUCAUCUUUGUGUUUGGACACUGUUGCUAAGGCGACCACGCAUGACCACUUCCCGUUGGGGAUUAUUUAUCAGUGAUUGGCUGCAUCACAUUAGCAGUCGGCAGUAAUAUCUGUUGAUCUGUGCGGACUGCCCGAUGCCUUCUCCUCCCUCCUACCUUGUAAUUAACAGAAGACUUUUAUAGAGGUCACAAAUGAAAUAGAUAAAUGCCAAUUUUGUAAGAAUGAUUUAUAAAAAAAUAAACUCAUAUUUGAUGAUAA